CCUGACCAAACGCGCUUCCAGCAGCGCGAGACUGACACGGAGCUUCACACUGACCGAUGCCUCUUAAACAGAAGACUGUACAAAAGAGUAAAGUUUCAUGGGGGACUGCUGGAUCUUACCUUUCGUUGAGAUAAAACUCAUUAUUGCUUUUUGAGUCAUGAUUAAUUUGUAUUCUUCAACCCACGAGGACGUUUGUUGAUUUUACAAGAACCCCUUCAACCUGGGACAUCUGAGUGGACUAAAGCCAGCAGAGGGGGAUUCGGGGUGAAGGAAACGAAGAGGGAUUAGGGGCUAAUCCUGGACAUGACCAAUCCUUAAGGAGCCUCUGUCAAGCCGUACUACUGCCCAGAUUAUUACAUUUAAUUUAUUGUCUUUCAAAGACCCUUUAUCUCCCCUGGGGGAUUCCUGGCGAGUGGGCCGCUGGAUUUGAGUAUCUUUAAAAACAAAGGAUCAGGAGCAGAGGCCGGUGGGAGUAGAGGAGCAUGAGGAGAGUAUACAUGCAGGGAUAAAGCAACAAGCCUCCCCGCCGCCUCAUACUCCAGCAGGGUGCAGGUCAGAGGUCACUGAAUGAACUUGGAUUGGGAAAGUAUGCGGUCACAUUGAUUACACAAACCUGAUUAAGGAACUGAAAUGUUUACAGAUAUAUUUUGUUAACAUUUGGAUCUUCCAGAGCAUGUAGCAGCAGAUUCUCUGGGCCUUACUAAAGAAGGAGCACAAGGUUUCAGUCCUAAACCGCAGAGAUAUCUGCAGCCAGAGCUGAAUUUAUUUCUGAACUGAUUUUUUUUCAGAAGCACAAACCCAGAACAACUGUGAAGCCCAGAAUCUUUGACCACAUAUGCAGCAGAGGUUUUCAGGAAUUGGAGUCAUGCAUAUUUUCAGCUCACAUUUAUCUUCACCGAAUCUUUCUGGAUAUGAACAAAGACCGAUGGCCAAAAUGGGACAUAGCUGAAUGUGUGUGCCUUUUGAGAAACUGUGAAAAGAAACUUUCCACUCAACUGCGGUUUUUUUUCCGUUGAGGUAUUUUGAAGCUUGAACGGUGAUACGUGUAUAAUUUGCUUUCUUACAUUGUUCUCACCAUUUUUUAAAAAUAAUUUUUGUGGAGUUUUUUUUUUUACUGGCUUUGGAAAUUUACGAUUUGUACCUGGAGAAGUCAUGAACUUGGGCAAGUUGUCUGGCCUGAAGGGCCUGGUUUCCCACUCCUCAGGAAAGCGUCGAUUUAAAGGUGACCUCACCCCGGACAUGAUCAGUCCCCCAUUGGGUGACUUCCGCCACACCAUGCACGUGGGCCGUGGAGGGGACGUGUUCGGGGACACCUCGUUCCUCAGCAAUCAUGGUGGAGCAGGAAAUAACGCAGAUGGAGACUCCUCCUCUACUUCAGAGAAGAAUGAGGGAUUCUUCUCCCGCACGCUUCGCCAUGUUCGCAAGACCCCCGACAGGCACCGCGGCGGAUCCAAGGAUCUUUCACCCCCACCUCCACCCAUUUCUCCAAUCAUAAAGAAUGCCAUUUCCCUACCCCGGCUGGACGUGGACUCACCCAAUGGCUGUCCUGUGAAAGUGCUUUUUCCUAGUACACCCAAAACACCAGAGAACUCCACAUGCUUAUAUGGUUUGGAGUCUGGCUUUGUGACUUUGCCGAGACUGUCACGCACUGAGCGUCCAGCCCAGGGCAGCUCUCCCCCAGCCUGCCCUCCUGAAAUUCAUAGAGGCUCGCUCACGGACACGGGUAUCCCGUCCUUCCCCUGUUCAGACUCCGUCAGUCCUUCUGACUCCAUGAACUCUUUCACCCUUGAUCUGGGCCCUUCCCUUAUGUCUGAAGUCUUUGCCAUGAUUGACAGCCCUGUGUGUGAAAUGGCCAGUCCCAUCAGUGAAAAGUCACCGUCCACCGAUAAUAACUCUGAAGUGGACUCGGACGCAACCACGUCCUUGGUGGACUCUCUCCUGAGAGAAGAUGAUGACGGUAGGACGCGGUUGUAUGGAGGAGAGUGGAAGCAUUCAGACUUUUUGAAUGGUGAGUCACCCAAAAAAUCCAUGCUGGGGGAUCAGAUGCGCUCCUCCUCUGUUGAGGAUCACGGCAUGGAGCCGGAGAGUUUCCAGAGGGCUGCUGAUGUGCUGGCACGUCAUUAUGGGAGUGGAGGACUCAGGAAUACAAACACCAACAACUCUCACAGGAGAGGACUGUACAACUAUGCUGAUGAGGAGGAUGAGAUCAAAGUCUAACACUACGAGAUGCCUAAAGUCCAAAUCACACAGCACUUUUAAAGGGAUAGUUCAGACAAAAAAUGAAAAUUCUGUCAUUAUUUAUCCACCCUCAUAUUAUUCCAAACUCAUUUCUUCUGUGGAACACAAAAGACCACUCUUUUCGUUAUAAUGGAAGUGAAUGAGGACUGGCCCUGUCAAGCUCCAUAAUGCUAAAAAGCACAAUACAGUUAUCAUAAAAGUAGACUAUAUGACUUGUGUGAUAAAUAUUCCAAGUUUCUGAAGCAAUUUUAUAGCAUGAUGUGAUAAAGCGGCAGAAAUUCCUGGUCAGUUCAAUUUGUGAACAAAUCAUUCAAACUGGUUUUCUGAAAAGGAUACACUGAUUUAUUGAAAAGAUCAGACUUAAACAAUUUGUUCAUGAAUCUGCCAUUGCUACUUCCAAUAUGAAUGUGCUAAGGAGAACUAGGACACAUGUCAAGAUUUUCAGUGAAUAACACAAAUAAUUCAUAAUUUAAAGGGAUAGUCCACCCAAAAAUGAAAAUUCUAUCACUAUGUACUCACCCUCAUGUCGUACCAAAACUGCAUGACUUCCUUUCUUCUGUGGAACUCAAAAGAAGAUAUUUUGAAGAAUGUUUUUGUCAUAUAAUUAAAGUGGGGUUCAACAUUGUUUGGUUCCCAAUGUUCUUCAAAUUAUUUGGGAAGGUUUGGAAUGAGAAGAGGGUGAGUAAACAAUAACAGAAUUUUAUUUUUUUGGGUGGAGUACCUCUUUAAUAACAAUUAAAUAAUAAAAUUUAAAUGUCACAAUAAUGAGAUAUGACUCCAGAAGACUUAGAAUACAACCCACAAGUCAAAUGGACUACUUUUGUUAAACUUUUGGUGCAUUUUUGUUAUUUUGGAGUUUGACAGCCCCAGUUCUCAUUCAGGAUCACUAUAUGGAAAAGAGCAGCAAGGAUAUUCACCUAAAUCUCUCCUUUUGUGUUCCACAAAAAAGAUCAUUCAAGUUCGUUAUGGCAUGAGGGUGAUGACAGAAUUGAAAUUUUUGGAUGAACUAUUCCUUUAAUAACAUUUCUAAAUGUUUGCAAUGGGGAAAAUGAAAGCUAACGGAUUGUAAUUUAACCCUACAUUCAUGGUGUUUUGAAGAAAGUAUUGCAUAUAAAAAAAAAAAAAACAUAUGAGUGGAUCUACAAGCACAUAAACUAAUACUAGCAUCUCAAAUUUUCACUUUGUUUGAUCUCAUCCCUAAAAUAUUAGCUGUGUUCCAGGGACAUAAAACCUGCCACAGUUGCUCUGUAAUGCACAAUAAACACAGCUAGCUGACAAUGGUAACAAUAUGCCAUUAAAAUAUGCAAUAUUCUAGUUUGCAGUAUUUACAUUUCAAGUAAACCUUAUGUAGUGUACAGUGAUACCAUUGUAGAAGUACAGACGUAUACCUGCUAGCUAACUUGUAUUUACUAUGCAAAAUACUUUGCAUUUUGCAUUCAUGUAGUUUUAAUAGCUCAUAUUUCCAUUGUGAAUGACAUUGUGUGGCGGUUUCAUUUUUUAAACACUUAUUUCCUGCAAAACCAGCCAUAUGUACAAGACAGGACGAAGACCUACAGGUCACUGUGAUGCACAAAGCUGUGAUGUGCUUUAUGUUUUCACAUGAGCACAAACAAAACAGAAAAAAAUAAGCAAACAUGACUUUCAUUACCUUUAUUACAUGAUAAAUAUCUUCAAAUCAACAUAGCAUUCAGUAAUAUUAUGCCCACCAAUGUUUAUCAGUGUAUUAUGAAAUUAUGAUUAAAUAUUAAUAUGAAUUUUGUUUGAAUUUAUGUUUUGUUUAUUAUGACAGAGGAGUUGACCUCUCCAUUCAUUCCCUUAAUCACAAUAUAAUAUGUACAUGUUGUACGUAUGUGCAGCUUUGCACAAGAAAUAUACAAAAUAGCAAUGUAUGUUAUCAAUGACAGCAAUAAAGUUUUCAUUAAAAGAAGCUAUGAACAA